CUCUAAUCAUCCAUUUCAUACUGUAAGACAGCACAUUAAGAGCUUUUGGAAAGAUCUACAGUAUGUAGGUCAUCGUUUCAUGGAGACAGUUAUCAUAAGGAACAGAAUACUGUAUAAUAAUAUAAUAAUAUAAAGAUACUUUGUUUCCAAUGAAAACGAAAGUAUGUAAAGGUGAAGUAUAUGUUGUUGUUUUUUUGUGUGACAUUUUUGUUUGGUGGUGUGUCGUGAGCUUUUCCAAAUGCCAAAUAUGUGCCAUGCAUUGAUCAGUAGAGGUUGGGAAACAGUUCUAAAAUGACCCUGCCCAGUCGAUGGUUUUUGACCUUUGUUGCAAGAUUUCAUUUUGCUGAAUUAAAGUGAAGAUGCUUGCACAUGCAAAUUCUUCACUUGAUCUUCUUUUGUUUGUUUGUUUUGUUUUGUGUUGCGUUUUUCUUUUUAGAUACACGCCCCUUGACGGUUCAAUUCCCCCGCCUUUUCUCCAGGACGCCAAGAAUAAAUACGCUGCCACAUGCGUGUGCUUUGAGUUGAUUUUGGGGAGCAAAUAAAAAAGAAUCCGCGGAGGUUUCUGCGAGCGUUCCAAAUGCUCCUUGGCGCUUAAUUGGCUGCUGAUGAGGCUAUUUAUGACGUCAUCCCUCCCCUGCCUCCUCCUCCUCCUCCUCCCCACCUCCAUCACCUCCUCCGUCUUUCUCUCCUACCCCAACCAACAUGGCCGCUAAGUCUGAUGGAGCAGCGGUGGCUGUGGAAGAUGACAACCCGCCCAGGAGCCUCUCGGAGCCGGGCCAAGCCACCCCCGCCACCUCCACCGCGGCCGCCGCCGCCGCCUGUGCCGCCCGGCCCCGCCGCGGACCCCAGGGCGGACAGGCGUACACGCUGCUGGACUGCUGCUGGGUACUGUGCGCCCUUCUCGUCUUCUUCUCCGACGGUGCUACCGACCUGUGGCUGGCCGCCGACUACUACCUGCGAGACGACUACUGGUGGUUCGGCCUGACGCUCGUCUUCGUCGUGGUGCCGUCCGCCGUCGUGCAGGUUCUCAGUUUCAGGUGGUUCGUGUACGACUACUCGGAGCUGAGCGGCGCGGACAGGGCGUCGGGAACGGCAGGCGAAGCGAGCGGCGACGCCGCUGGAAGAACCAAGGACAGCGACCAGCGCGGCGCGGCGGCGGGCAACGGGGCGAACGCGACCGCCGUCCCCACGUCUUCUUCCCCCUCUGGAGCGACCGAUAAGGGCGGGCGACCUCGGAGAUGUUGCACAGUGUGCAUGUGGGUCUUUCAAACGGUACUCCACACCUUUCAGCUGGGACAAGUGUGGAGGUAUAUCCACGCACUCUACCUGGGCGCCCAGAGUCGUUGGCAUGGCGACGGUUCCCACCACCGCUUCCACUGGCGGCUAAUGUUCGAGAGCGCUGACAUCACCAUGCUUCGUCUCCUGGAGGCAUUUCUUAAGUCGGCGCCGCAGCUUGUCCUCCAGCUAAGCAUCAUGAUCCAUGGAAAUGCUGUCCUCCCACUGCAAGGUCUGUCGGCCUCGGCCUCUCUUGUGUCGCUGGCCUGGAUGAUUGCAUCCUACCAGAAGGUUCUGCGGGAUUCGCGUGAUGACAAGCUGCCCAUGUCCUACAAGGCCGUCAUAGCCCAGAUCCUCUGGCACCUGUUCACCAUCGGGGCCAGGACGGUGGCCUUUGCCCUCUUUGCCUCCGUCUUCCAGCUCUAUUUCGGGAUAUUCAUCGUCAGUCACUGGUGUAUAAUGACAUUCUGGAUCAUCCAAGGUGAGACUGACUUCUGCAUGUCCAAGUGGGAGGAGAUCAUCUACAACAUGGUGGUGGGCAUCAUCUACAUCUUCUGCUGGUUCAACGUCAAGGAGGGGCCCAGCCGCAUCCGCAUGACUGUUUACUACACGGUAACACUGGCUGAAAAUGUGGCCCUGACAGCCGCCUGGUACACAUACCGUGGGCCUCACACCUCCGACUCCUACGCCCUGGUGGUGGUGUGCCUCGUGGCCUGCAGCUUCGCCUUGGGGACUUUCUUCAUGUUGGUCUACUACUGCUGGCUGCAUCCUGACGGGCCGGUCCUGAGCGCAAAUUGGGGAGGGUGUGUGGACGAGGGGAUAGUGAGUGCAAGUGGCAUGGUGGGUGUGAUCGAUGCCUGUCUCACCCCGUCCCAAGGUUCGCAAACUGACAUGGUCAUCACCAGUCCUCCCAGGACUCUACCCAGGACUAAAGACACAGGGGACAUGAUUCCCGGGGAACAGGACAGGGACAGGGAAAGGGAUCGGGACAGUUGCCUGCCGGUUUUCCAGGUGCGUCCUUCCCCUUCGUCCUCCCCAGCACUCCUCCACAGGACCUCCUCGUCGCAAGAGGGCCCUGUGAUCAGGAUCGAUCUCCCAAGGAAGAGGUAUCCGGCCUGGGAUGCCCACUUCAUUGACCGUCGUCUCCGCAAGACCAUCUUACUUCUGGAGACCACGUCAGCAUCCAGCCCUAGGAUACAAUACCGGAGUAGCAUGAUGGGCAGCAAAGAGGUGCUGGAGUAUGAGACCACCGUUUAAGCCAAUAGCUCCACAACCGAAAAAUGCAGUCUGGGAUCAAGGCUCAACCGGAGACCAGUUCUCAUCCCAGGACGCGCUUUGCCAGGAGAUACUUGGACUUAGAACAUGGACAGUCUGUUUUUUCAUGAAAGACAGGUGUCUAAACUUGAUUGUAAAACGUGAAGUGCAAUCUUUGGCCAAGGCACUCUCUCUGCUUGACCAGGUCCAGGUUGAAACUCCAUCGGUCAUCUGAUGAGGGAGUAGGAAUGGGGAUAAUCUUCGUCUAAUUGAAACGCUUGGAGGUGAGAAAUUUAAUCUCCCGUCGUGGGACAGUAUUAGAUUUCAUCCUUCAUGUCAGAAUGAGAUUAAUGAGAUAAUGCAUGAACAUGAACCCCAGGCUGCAGAGACUCCGCACCCCUAUGUGCUUUAAAAAAAAAAAAAAGGAGAGGGAGUUUAGAGACUGUUUUGUUAGGGGUUUGAAAUGGGGCAUAGGAUUCUUGCGGUGCAAAAUCACAUGCUGACAAAAGCAUUUUCAUCCGUAACUGAAAUAUUAUCCUUAAUCAAAAUUAGACGGAAAACAGGUCAGACCUGGGCUUUAGUGUAAAAAUGUGAAAGGUGUAGUUAUUAUUAAAAAAAAAAAGUCAAUUGAACAUUGGCACUUCAUCAGCCGAUCGAGUCUACUUAUAAUAACUUAAUAUUGAGAGUACAAUUCAUCUUGCUGUUGUCUAACUAAGAGAAGUCAUAUUCACAACUUCCCUCCAGUUGAUUGCGUGUCCCUCUUCAGACCUUUGAAAGUAUCACACGUAGGUCUAUCUGGGUCCAGACGAUGGGAUUAAGUGUUUACAUCACAUGGACCAAGGACCGGUGUGACGAGAUAGCCGCCUCACACUGUUGUACAGUCAAGUAAAUACAAAUGUCAGAUAUAAGCUAGUAGAACAUGUAGUUACUGUAGGUGACCAGUGACUCGACAGAGUCUAAAUGUUCAUUCAAGUCGACUUCUAGCAAGGGAUUCAUAGUGGGAAUCAUGGUUCCCGUCUUUGCUCAGACGCCAUUUUUCACUAUUUAUUCGGAAAGUACGUUUGAAUUGCUGUGAGGGGUGGAAUGAACUCCAGCUCACUUGUGACCCUAAUAAGGAUGAGCGUGAUCGAAAACAGAUGGAGGGGUUUUGUCGUUGUGAUUUUGAACGGCAACAUUAUGUUUACAAUACUAGCACCCCGACCCAAAAGAAAAUUCAGCAGUGUCGUUUACAAAAUGAAAGCACACGUCAGCCUUUUUAUUUGACGGUUAAGAGUAACAGAAAGAUACGGCAAGACUCAUUUGAAACAACAGUAAAUGGUGGCGUUAGCAUCAGCACUUGUGUCAUAGCUACAGUGACUUGGAAAAAUAUUCUUACCCUGAAAACUUUUUCACAUUUUUCCACCUUUAAACAAGAAAUUUUGCUGUUUGGUGAGAUUUUAUGUGAUCGGCCAGCACAAAGUAGAACAUGGCCUUGAAUUGAAACACAUUUUGGACAGAUAAUAAAAUCUGGAAAAAUGUGUUGUGCACUUGUAUUCAACCCCCCCCCCCCCCACACACACACACACCCUUUCGUCAAGACUUUUGUCAAGCCACCUUUCUCUGCAACUCUUUUAAGAUAACAUCUCUAGCAGCUUUGCACAUCUCUGACAUAUUGCCUUUUGCAAAAAUAAAUAAAAGCCCAUGCUGAGUCGAACUGUAUGUGAGGAGCAAAACACAAGUUUUGCCACAGAUGCUUAGUGGGAUUUGGAGGUAACACACUUUUGUGAUAUCUAUCUGCUUAAAAUCUGGAAAGCCAGAUAUCCUUCUUGUGCCACUUGACACAUAUGUGCUACUUUGUGUUGUCCGUUCACAUAAAAUCUCAACAAAGCGUACAAAGGUUGUGAUUGUAAAGUCGCCAAAUGCGAAAAUAUUCAAGGGAUAUGAAGACUUUUUCAAGGCAUUGUAAAUUCAGGCACCUCUUGUAAGGUCGAGAUUCACCUCCAAUCCUUUAUUUCUUUUUUCCCCCUCGCAACUUCCAAGAUGACAUUAAAGAGUUUCACCAAGAAUUUAAACUUUUCCAAGCGAGAAUAUUCUUUUGUGAUUUAUAUAUAAUAAAAGAAAAGUACAAACAUACAGUCCCGUAAAAGUUUUAGUGCAGCAUUUACUUUUUUUAAAAUGUCUUAUUAUUUUGGGAGUGUAGCGCUUCCAUUCAUUCUGAACUGUUAACAAAAGCGAUGCUGGGGGGCGGUAGUGUGUUGUCACACAAGGUUACUUUUCGGAUGUCUAUCUCUUAGCUAGUUAACAGACGACUUCUUGUUUCAUGGAGGAUGAUGAACAGACUGACUGUGCCAUGGUGAUUCUGAUGAUGCAACGCUUCCAUUAAUACCACGGAGAGUCAGAAGAUAAAAAUAACAGUGUCAACAACAUUACCACAGCAAAGCUAAUGAUGGACUAAGGUUUGUACAGUACUGGAUGUCGGUUGUACGUAAGAUACUUUUUCAUGACAUAUGACUUUCCGGUGGAUUAUUUUGAUUCAUUCUGACUUGUUAAGCCAAAAUGUUCUCCGGGAAGGGACUAUUUCCAAAAGAGUCAUUUCAUCUUGAUCAGGACGAUUCCAUUUUUGCACUAUUUGGCACUUGAAACAUUACUUUGGAAAGAUAGAAACUCGGCCAUAAUGUUGCAAGACUAAGAAUGUCACAGGUUUUUUUUUCCUGUAUCGUUAGUCCAAAGUCUUCAAAAAAAUGUUUGCUUCACAUUUAAAAUAAAUUGCGAAAAACUAAAAUGUAAGGAUACACACUGGACAGUGAAUAGACGAACUUGCCAAAAUCUAAUGGCGAUUUGCUUCCCCCUGUUGAUAGGGAAGAUAACGUGCUAGUCUGUGAAGAUGUCAUAAAACAGCUCACCCCGAGAAAACAGUUUCCAGCAUCAUGGAUGACAUAGAUUGGAUUAGUCUACUCUUUUAGGAGUGGUGAACUUAUAAACAUAUCAAGCUGUCCCCUUCCUUUCGGACCCUUGUGCACACUACUUGCUCAUCAUACAUCCAUGUUAAAAUGAAAUGUGCUAAAAGGACUAAGACACCUAGGGGGGUCCCAAUGUAAUGUCUUUCUAAUACAGUGCAUUCAGGAAGUAUACAGACCCUCCUCCAUUGUUACAUUUGCUAUGUGGCCGCCUCAUAGUAAAACAAUUGUAAUUAUAUUUUUCCUGACACAAGAUGGUGGACAACUGGUUAGAACGUCCGCCUCACAGUGCAGAUGUCAUGGGUUUGACUCCAUUGAUUCCAGGCUUCGGCCUUCAUGUGUGGAGUUUGCAUGUUCUCCUCUUGCCUGUGUGGGUUUUCUCUGGGCAGUGAUCCUCUGGGACCACAAUGUCCUCAGAUGAACAUGGAAUGUUACAUUCUUGUUUGGAAUUUAAAAAAAAAAAAAAAACACGGGUAAUUUCCUCUCAAAUUUCAAAAUGUCAUCAUGUUUUCUUUUCUGCCCUGGUUGAACCGCAGCACUCCUCAUGCGUCUGCUUGCUUCUGCGAAUGUACAUAAUGACAGCAAAACAAGGUCACAUGUCAAGAUGGUCAGAUCGUCUCCGAGAAGAGAUGAGUGCAAAGAUCAAAUCGCUGUUGUCGUCAUGGUAGGAGACAACUCAUGGAUGUUGACGGCGACGUUAAUGGUGCUGCAAAUGUCAACUGAGCGUCGCCCCACCCCACCCGUCCAUUCCCCUCCCUGUCCCUCUAUCAUGUCAAACAUGAUAAGCUAAUGUACAGAUGUUGUCGGUUGUUGAGGGCGGGGCUUCGCUCUCGAAUGAAACAAUCCUUUUUUUUUGCUGUGGUGAUUAUUUAUUAUUGAGAUGAAAAAAAAACAAAAAUAUCAAUCAUAUUCUGUUAAUUGAUGCAAGUAUUUAUGUUUAUUUUUGUAUUUGUUUUAUAUCUAUUUCCUAUUGUUUAAAUCACUCAGUGGCCAUAUCUUUGGUAUGACUCUUACAUUAAGAUGUAAAAAGUAGAUUUUUUUACUCAUUUCGUCUAUAUGCCCAUAAACAGAGUAGGAUAUGUGUGCGUGUGUGUGUGUGUGUGUGUGUGUGUGUGUGUGUGUGUGUGUGUGUGUGUGCGCGCGCGUGUGUGUGUGUUUGGAGGCAGGUUGAUCAUGCCGCAUCAUUAUCUCAGAGUGAAACUUUCUUGACGGUGUUAUACAUUUGAAAAAGAAAAAAAGAACUCCACAAGAUGUGCUAAUAAAUGUAGAUGGGGAACAAUUACUGUAGUAAACAUGGCUGAACAGCA